ACACAACGCUGCAAGCACUUACUGUCAAUGUGUUGAACAUUCUAGUCUACGUGUUCUUGUAACAUUGGACUAAAUUGUUAAACUUUUAGUUUGGUUUUUUUGUUUGUUUAUAUUUUGUCCACUACAGUUAUAAACCAAAUUGAUUUUUCUUUUUCAUUUUCCACUUUCAGAUUCAAAAUGGCAGAAGAGGUAAGAACUGGAUUGACUUGAAUGGAGCAGAUUAAGUAACGGGGUCUUUAAUCAGGGGAGUUGGUGAUUUCUUUUUAACGGGGAGGGGGGGGGAUGUCUAACUUUAACCAUCCUUUGAGGACAAUCUACUACUGUCUCAUAUUGCUUUAAAAAAAAAAAACUCAUCGGAUUUGGGAAAUUUAAAUACGUUUCUUGACGCCCCCCCCCCCUCGGUCUAUAAACUGUCAUUAAAGUGAUGGUUGAUACAGUCAAAUAUGACUGAUCCGAUUUUAUAUUUGAUUAAUUUUUUUAGCGGGGAGGGGGGCGUGAAGGGGGGCUCAUCCAUCUUUAAAGUCAAAGGUUAAAUAUUUAAGAAACGUAUAUAAUAUAUAUUAUAUAUUUAGAAAUAUAGGAAAAAUCAGAGAAUAUGGGAAAAGUUGACCUGAUUAAAAUAAUAACAAACAAUUGAGAUCUUGAUUUUAAAUAAAUAACUUUUUUUUUUAAUGAUGGGUUGGGAUGUACAUGGUCCUACGGAUAAACUGUAAUGGGAGACACAAUGGGUAGUCACAAUGGGCGACACAAUGGGUAGUCAUAAUGGGAGACACAAUGGGAGACACAAUGGGAGACACAAUUGGUAGUCAUAAUGGGCGACACAAUGAGUAGUCACAAUGGGAUACACAAUGGGAGACACAGUGGGAGACACAAUGAGUAGUCACAAUGGGAGACACAUGGGUAGUAACAAUGAGAGACACAAUGGGAGACACAAUAGGUAGUCACAAUGGGAGACGCAAUGGGAGACACAAUGGGAGACACAAUGGGAGACACAAUAGGUAGUCACAAUGGGAGACACAAUGGGAGACACCAGUGGAUCACAUCAAAGAUCAUGAUCCUGUUCCAUUGUAUGUAUGAUGCUGUCAUGUUAUUAUUUAAUGUCUAGCUCUCAACUGUGAAAUUAAACAAACAAGGGUUCUUUUUCCUAGUGUUAUAGCAUUAAAUAGUCAUCAAAAGAAAUGUUUUGAAAUGUCAAAGGAAUGGCGUGUUGAGUGGGUUUCCUUGUUAUUUCCAAGAUUGAUUUCUUUAGAAUUGAGUUUGUUCAGCACUCAGUUUGUUUAGCAUUGAUUUCUUUAAGCAUUUUUUAAGAUUAAAUGACAAAUAAAUUUUGAAGAUGCUCUUCUAGUGGAUGCAUUGAAUGUUUUAUUCUUUGAACUACAGGUUUUGAACCCACGUCACUUAGAGAGAGAGACAAAGUUUUUUUGUUUUUUUUGUCAUGCCAUUUGCCUAGUUGCAACUAUAGAUCAAGUUAUGCAGCAACUAUAGCUUAGAUCAAUCUUCUGUUUUGUACUGCUUACAUCAUAUAUCCACUGCAUUGUAUAUCUUUCUUUACAUACAUGUAUUUAUAACUAUCAUACGCAGCCACUUGGUCUUGAAACAUGAGAAGUUUCACGUUAAACCGAGAAUUAUAUAUAUUUUUUUCAAAUUAAAAAAAAAUGAACUAUAAUUACUCAUUCAGGCUGGUGUAUGAUUAUUAUAAAUUUUGCAUUUUUAAUACACGCCUGCAAACGGACUUUUUAAAAUCUGAAAAUGCCACUGUAGGAGCUCUUGCAAUUGUCAUUGAAAACAAAAGCAUGAUACAAUUUAUUUUAUCAAUAUUAAAAAAAAGAACCAUCAAAUAUAAUUAUUAUCAUUUUUUUUUUUUACUUUGAAGCAAAAAUCUGUUCUAAUUAUCUUACUCUUUUUUAGCGCAAAGGAGUGGACUGGAUUGGACAUCAUUAAGCAUUGAAGUUGAAAAAAAAAAAAAAAAAAAAAAAAAACAACUAAAAAAGCCUGCAAGUCACAAAGCUCAAAUUUUGUAAAGAAACAAUUCUCUUCUAAAAUUUCUUUUGCAGUAGUGUCCAAACAUAUAUUUAAUAAUUACAUAAAUAAUUUAUCAAGUAGCACUGUCUUCCUUCUCCUAAUUACUUUCCCUUUUUUUUUUUAUUAAAAUGUAAUGCAAUGUUCAAUGACUUGUUUGUGUGUUGCCUCACUCAUUCUAGCCAGUGUUUUCUUUCAGCUAUCCCUUGUCCCACAAUCCCCUGCGGUAGACGUUCUCUUAGAACGCUGUAGCAGAAGACAGCGCGUAGAAGAGCUGCUUGGACAUGCGCAUUGAUGUAUUUCUGCUUGACGUGCCCUGGUGACGUAGUAUUAGCCCAAUAGCGCUCUAGCUUGCCAGCACUUUCCCCCUUCUAUCUUUACCGGCUCUGACAAAAGGUCACUCUCGUCACAAAAGAUCAUCUCAGUAACAAAAGAUCAUCUCAUAACAUCCAAGAACUAAAAGAUUCAUGAGUGAAGUAGCGAAACUUAAUAUUAACCAACUUCACAAUCCAUGGCUAUAUAUUUGACACUUGUCUGAUAUACAUGCAUUCCAUUUGAAGCAUUUAUUCAUAUAUUUAUAUAGUAAAAGGUGAUUUAUAUUCUUUCCUGUAUACGUCAUCUCAAGAGGUAAUUUAAAAAUCAUUCAGUUUUUUUUUUAAACAAUGACACCCAGAUAGCAGGAGAAAAGUAAAUAAAAAAAACACAAAACAACAACAACAACAAAAACAACAACAACAAAAACAACAACAACAAAAACAACAACAACAAAAACAACUGCUACUUGAGUUUGACUUUUUGUCAUGAGCCAGUCACCUGCUGUUCGUCAAGAUAUUGGGCCUUAUGCUGUUCUUACGUUUUUCAGGAAGAUAAGAAGGGUCGGGCUGGGAGAGCCACUUCUAACGUCUUCGCCAAGCUGUCCAAAAAGCUGAUGCAGGAAAUGAAGGAGGUAGGACGGCGAAAGUAGUUCGCCCCACAGUAGAGAUGUAAUGCCUGCUCGAAUUUCUCUCUCUCUUUCAGGCCAUUAAGUCCAAAAAGGAUGAGCCCAAGCGUGCUCAGCGUGCCCCCUCCAACGUUUUCGCCAUGUUCCGCCAGACACAAGUCCAAGAGUUUAAAGAGGUCUGAAUACCAUGAGCACGGCAUCCCCCAGUAUAAAAUCUGUUCAUUGUAAUCUGCUCAAAAAACAAACAUCCAACGGGCCUGCUGUUACUACAGAUCAAAAAACUCUGCUUGCAUCAUCAAUUUUUUGUGUUACGCUAAUUUGAUUUAUUUGAUUUCCGUUUAGUUUUUUUUCCCCCCACAACCCUCGCCUCUGACUGGACCGACAAGCUCCUUUUCUCGAUGUCCUGCCCAAUGUUAUUCUGGCCCAAAGCCUUCUCGGGAGGCAUGUCGCAUCAUUUUUGGUGCGGGCGCUCGCCUUUUCUUUCUGGUAUAUUCACUCUAUUGCUGUCUAUGAUUUGUUUAAGAAACAAGGGCGUCAUACGACCAACGUGCUCUCUAUGUUUCGUCAAGCACAAGUUCAAGAGUACAAAGAGGUCUGCCUUUGACACCCGUGUUCUGCCCUUGACACCCGUGUUAUGCCCUUGACACCCGUGUUCUGGGUUUGGUACCCGUGUUCGGCUUUCCUCUCCCUAAAAAUCCAACAAACAUCCUAAUGUGUUUCUUCCUUUUCUUCCCUGUAAAAUACACGUCCUCCCAAUAUUCCCAAAAUGUCUCUCCAUCUCUCGCCGCCCUUGCUUGUCAAAUUCCAUUGUUCAAUUAAUCGUUUGAGUGUUGUUUGUUUACAAUUCCCAAAGUAAUAAAUAGGGCCCUACCUUAUGAAAGACAAUUCUUUUGGUCAUUUCCAAACUUUUCAUUAUAUUUUUUAAGAACGUGUUUAAAAACAUAAAAAUAUGUUAAAUUUUAUUCUAAUUUAAAGAAUGAACUUUCUUCUUAAAACGACACAUAUUUUUAUUUUUUUUUAUUUUUCCCUAAAAUAUUCCAAAGAGAAACAUGAAAUUGUUUCUUCUCUUUUGAGAAAAGCGCAAUAAAUCUCUACUUUUACAAUUAAUUUCUAGUUCCCACUUAACUCGUGGCCAGGUUUCUUCAGCCUGGCCGGGCAGUUUUGACUUCUUAAUUGGCAAGUGAGAUUUCUCUCUCCCGCCGCUCUUUGAUUCUCCUAUCUCUUCUAGGUUUUUAUUUUGGUUUUUUUUUUUUGGAGGGCCCAAAAUCACUUUACUGAUCAUUCGUGUUCCUGGUUUAAGUUUCAGUUCUAUCAUUGUUUUCCUAACCUGAAUAGAUGACACAAUCAGCGCUUUGUUUCCAAAUGUGUGAAAUAACUCCCCGUUAAUCAUGCUGUUGAUCAAGACGUAUCUCCUUGAGAAUCCAUUUUGGACUGACCAUUGUAUUGCCGAGUUGGAUUUCACGUCCUGGUGUUGUUGUUUCCAAAUGAACGAGUCAUCGUUGUUUUGUUUCGUUGCAUGUUGAAUUGAAUUGUUCAACUAAAUCAAGACACGUUGCUAGAAAAAAAUCUAAUUUUUUAUAUUUUAAAAUGUGAUGUAACCAUUUAAUAUGUACAUAUUCUAGUUCAACUUAAAUUAUCAAUAAAUAUUUAUUGGAUAUUUUUAUUUUUAAAUUAAUUAUAAUCUUAAUCCAUUAUGUUUUACAUUACAUAUUUUUUUUUUAAAUUUCAUGUUUUUUUAUAUGUACGUUUACCUUAAAAUUUGCCAUUUAAGAUUACGUUAAUAUUAUUACAAACUGGAAUUUUAAGAACUAAAUAAUAUUUGUCUAUUUCAUGGAAUAGAUAUACACACAUCAACUUUACAUCAUCAAAUAAGGCGCACCUCUCGAUUAACUUUGUUCUAACCUCUACACUGCUUGUGUCAGAAUAACUUUGGUAGGAUUCAAUGCUUAUCUAACGGGUCAUUACCACACAAUCUCUCAAUCUCCAGAAGUGGCGUCCCUGGCAACAUAAGAGCAAUAAUGAUAAUAAUAUUGAUAAAUCAAGAUUGUAUUUAAGAAAACCCUCAGGAAUACUUGUUAAAUUAGUCCAGGAUUAUUCACCAAACCCGCCCCCACCAAAAAACAACAGCAACAACAACAAAACAAGCAGCUUUCACAUCCCGUUUAAUUAGAUCCAUCUUUCAUUAAUAUUAUAUCCCAUUUGGGCUUGAAUCCUACCAAGGAUAUCCUAAUGUUUAAUACGUUAAUAAAAGGAUCAAAUUUUAUCACGUGCAAAUAAAUGCAUAACAUACUUAUCAAACCAAGGCUUAAUUUAUAACAACCAUUUACUGACAAUACAGUUGCAAUGCUCGACAAAUAUGAGUAAAGUUCAUAACAAGGCUUACUAAUAUAAUCACGCGUCCUUUGAUUAACUUGCUUGUAUUUAUAAAAUCUAACAUAGAAUGCGAAAAAUUAAUUUUAAGAAAUAAAUAAAAAGGCGAUACAGCUAAAAAAACAAAAAAAAAACAAUCAGUAACAGGUGAAAUCUUGAACUAGUUUACAUCUAGUCAAAGCGUAGUCUUCAUGUAGUCUAGCAAUAACUUUCAUCUAGCCUAAAUGUAGUUUUCCUGCAGUGGAGAUAAUAUCUAUGCAGUUACGCUUUAGUUUAGAUGUUCUAACAUCAAUGAUAUUAAUGCACGAUAAACAAAGAUAUGUCGUCGUAACUGUGGCUUAGAAUAGAUCAAUAGAAUAGAUGUUCUUUGUGUCUCUAGAUAACUACGUAGACACUUCUCUCGACUUGUAUAACUGUACGCACAACACUAAAUUGAAGAUAUCGUCAAAAAAUGGCAACUUUAUCACGUCAUCAAUCUAUCAAAUGUAGUAUAAACACAAUCAAAUACUUGUGCAAUAAAAAACAUUCUGUAGACUCGAAGUAAAUUCAUGUAUUUUGUAAUAAAUGUCUGACACCCCAAAAAUUCUCCCAUCCCCUUGGGUCAUUCUCCCACAAUUUAGGCAUUCACAAUGAUUGACCAGAACCGCGAUGGAAUCAUCGACAUUGAAGACCUCAAGGACAUGUACUCUAACCUUGGUGAGUUGAACAAGUCUUUUUCACAGUCGAUUCUUCAUAAUACUUUGCUCAUCAUCUGUUUCUGUCCGGUGUUUAAAAUGAUGUGGAAACAAGGUGUCAAAUAAAUUGAACAUGUCAACAGCUCAUAUGAACCAUUUACCUUUUAAUGAGAGGAAACAACACAUUCUCAAGGGUGUUCGUGAAAUCCACCACCCCCCCCCCACACACACACACGCACACAUUCAUUAGACAGCGUUAACUUCUCUUCAACACGUGUUGGAUUGAUUUUUCUUUUUUAUAAUACUUUGUUCAUUGUCUGUUUCUGUUCGGUGUUUAAAAAGAUGUGGAAACAAGGUGUCAAAUAAAUUGAACAUGUCAACAGCUCAUAUGAACCAUUUACCUUUUAAUGAGAGGAAACAACACAUUCUCAAGGGUGUUCGUGAAAUCCACCCCCCCCCCCCACACACACACACGCACACAUUCAUUAGACAGAGUUAACUUCUCUUCAACACGUGUUGGAUUGAUUUGUCUUGCUUUCCUCAAUCCUUGCACCCAGGGCGCAUCCCUCCCGACUCCGAGCUGAAUGAGAUGCUGAAAGAUGCCCCCGGACCCCUCAACUUUACCAUGUUCCUGAAUCUCUUUGGUGAAAAGCUCAGCGGUAAGUAGGGUCGAAGUGUUUGUACAUGAAUGGUUUGUUUGUACAUGAAUGGUUUGUUUGUACAUGAUUGGUUUGUUUGUACAUGAUUGUUUUUUUGUACAUGAAUGGUUUGUUUGUACAUGAAUGGUUUGUUUGUACAUGAUUGGUUUGUUUGUACAUGAAUGGUUUGUUUGUACAUGAUUGGUUUGUUUGUACAUGAAUGGUUUGUUUGUACAUGAAUGGUUUGUUUGUACAUGAAUGGUUUGUUUGUACAUGAAUGGUUUGUUUGUACAUGAAUGGUUUGUUUGUACAUGAUUGGUUUGUUUGUACAUGAUUGUUUUUUUUGUACAUGAAUGGUUUGUUUGUACAUGAAUGGUUUGUUUGUACAUGAUUGGUUUGUUUGUACAUGAAUGGUUUGUUUGUACAUGAAUGGUUUGUUUGUACAUGAUUGGUUUGUUUGUACAUGAUUGUUUUUUUGUACAUGAAUGGUUUGUUUGUACAUGAAUGGUUUGUUUGUACAUAAUUGGUUUGUUUGUACAUGAUUGGUUUGUUUGUACAUGAUUGGUUUGUUUGUACAUGAUUGGUUUGUUUGUACAUGAUUGGUUUGUUUGUACAUGAUUGGUUUGUUUGUACAUGAUUGGUUUGUUUGUACAUGAUUUUUUAAUUUUUUUUAAAAUUUACUUUUGUCUACAUCUUUUAUAUGUCCAGGUACUGACCCAGAAGACACCAUCAGACAAGCCUUUUCCAUGUUUGACGCAGAGGGCAAAGGUUUCAUUCCUGAAGAAUAGUGAGUUGCCAGUUCAAACUUUACAAGCGUUUGUUUUGCUGUUAUUGAUGUGUUGUUAUUUUUUUUUAAUUAUCAAAUACGUGAGGUAAUAACCCAUGUUUACUCAACUAAUGUGCUACUUCAAUGAUAGACACCCAUGUUUACUCAACUAAUGUGAUACUUCAAUGAUAGACACCCAUGUUUACUCAACUAAUGUGAUACUUCAAUGAUAGACACCCAUGUUUACUCAACUAAUGUGCUACUUCAAUGAUAGACACAUGUCAUUGAAGCUUUGUUCAUAUUUAACGUGUUAACGUGUGCCAACAUUUAGCGUCGUGAAUUCUCGUAUCUCUUAUGUCAAUUUCUUCCUCUCCCUUUCAGCUUGAAAGAUUUGCUCUCCAACAUGGGUGACAACUUCACUGCAGAAGAAGUAAGUCAACUAUAUUAUGAGAGGAUGCAAGACACUGGUAGUAGCUUAGCUAGUGUUUGAGAGGCUAAUUUAUAACAUGCAGACUGUGUUCAAUGAACGAUUGUAUUUAUAGGACUGAGAAAAGUACAUAAUGAUCAGAAUAUUCAAAUUUAAAUUCUAUUUAUUGUUUCUUGUUUUGUCUUAUCUGCUGAAGAAGGCGUUUGGCCAAAACGCCCAUGUAAUUUCCCUGUUUGUUAUCAAGCCCAAACAAAUCUUACUCUACUAUUUGUUUACUUUGCACCGCUUGGUAAAUCUCACUUUAUAAAUUCAAACAAAACACGCUUCCGAAGUAAACGACUGAAGUAACAAAGUGUCUAUGUAUACCUAAAUGUGUCUAUGUAUACCUAAAUGUGUCUAUGUAUACCUAAAUGUGUCUAUGUAUACCUAAAUGUGUCUAUGUAUACCUAAAUGUGUCUAUGUAUACCUAAAUGUGUCUAUGUAUACCUAAAUGUGUCUAUGUAUACCUAAAUGUGUCUAUGUAUACCUAAAUGUGUCUAUGUAUACCUAAAUGUGUCUAUGUAUACCUAAAUGUGUCUAUGUAUACCUAAAUGUGUCUAUGUAUACCUAAAUGUGUCUAUGUAUACCUAAAAGUGUCUAUGUAUACCUAAAUGUGUCUAUGUAUACCUAAAUGUGUCUAUGUAUACCUAAAUGUGUCUAUGUAUACCUAAAUGUGUCUAUGUAUACCUAAAUGUGUCUAUGUAUACCUAAAUGUGUCUAUGUAUACCUAAAUGUGUCUAUGUAUACCUAAAUGUGUCUAUGUAUACCUAAAUGUGUCUAUGUAUACCUAAAUGUGUCUAUGUAUACCUAAAUGUGUCUAUGUAUACCUAAAUGUGUCUAUGUAUACCUAAAUGUGUCUAUGUAUACCUAAAUGUUUCUAUGUAUACCUAAAUGUUUCUAUGUAUACCUAAAUGUGUCUAUGUAUACCUAAAUGUGUCUAUGUAUACCUAAAUGUGUCUAUGUAUACCUAAAUGUUUCUAUGUAUACCUAAAUGUGUCUAUGUAUACCUAAAUGUGUCUAUGUAUACCUAAAUGUGUCUAUGUAUACCUAAAAGUGUCUAUGUAUACCUAAAUGUGUCUAUGUAUACCUAAAUGUGUCUAUGUAUACUUACAUGUGUCUAUAUAUACCUAAAUGUUUCUAUGUAUACCUAAAUGUUUCUAUGUAUACCUAAAUGUGUCUAUGUAUGCCUAAAUGUGUCGAUGUAAUCAUGCACACUCAAAAGUUUUCACGUCAUCUUGAACUCUACAGAUCAAAGGAACCUGGAAGGAAGCUCCCUUGGAAAAAGGAAAGUUCGACUACAACACCUUUGUGGGGAUCCUCAAGGGCAAAGAGGAUGACGGCUCACCAUAAACAACACCCUCACACCCCUCCUCAAGUUUCUAGAAUCAAGCUCUCUUCUCAUGACCUUCUCAUGACCUUCUCACCAUUUCAGAUUCAAUAGAAACAUUUUUCAAAAAGGGAAAGGAUAUCUAGUUUACUACGUAUAUCUGUAAAAGUUCUUUCAUAAAUAUUUUGGUUUUAUAUGAAAAGAUGGUCUUUGUUACUUCAACAAAAAAAAUUAUUAAAAUUUCGUAAUGGUUUUUAAAAGUUAAAAAAAACUUUUGGUUUUAACGCCCCCCCCCCCCCACCCACACACACACUUUCAGCCCUGAAACUCUACAAGUUCCAUAAUUUGCUGGUUGUUAGUUUCAUGAGAUACAGGUUGUAAAAAUUCUUUCAUAAAUAUUUUGGUUUUAUAUGAAAAGAUGGUCUUUGUUACUUCAAAAAAAAAAAUUAUUAAAAUUUCGUAAUGGUUUUUAAAAGUUAAAAAAAACUUUUGGUUUUAACGCCCCCCCCCCCACCCACACACACACUUUCAGCCCUGAAACUCUACAAGUUCCAUAAUUUGCUGGUUGUUAGUUUCAUGAGAUACAGGGAACACGCCUUUCGCCCCUUUUUAUUUUCUCCCCUCGCAAAUUUCUCUCUGAAAUGUUCCAGGCCAAAGAGUGUCACCAUUCCAUACAUCACUGAACCGACUUGGCGAGCAUCCUGAGUUUGUGCUCCGAAACUCUGAUCAGGGUUAGACUGAGAUAACAAACAUGUGACAUUCUGUGACAUCACUGUGGAUGUUUGUGACAUCGCUGUAGGUGUUUGUUCAUCGUGGCAAUUAAGCAGCUUUGCACAACGCAAAAAAAGUAUUUUAACUCGAUACCAGGUCACAAAAUGAACAACCCUCAUGAUGAGUUAUCCUUCAGAUAAUCCGGCUCAGGGUUGAGUUGAACAAACUACUAACUUUUCAUACGGCUGCUGAUGGGUAGAACUGAUUUUUGUCUUUUUAGGGUGGAUUUUUUAAAAAAAGGGACCUUAAUUAUUAUGCUUUUUUAUAAUCUACGAAAUUUUACAUCCUCAACAACUGCGGGACGAAUACAAAGAACAUCAACCACUAGAACCACCUUGAUGAGACAGAGGAGGGCUACUCUGAGCAUUGCAAAGUUCUCAAUUUCUGUUGGCCUGGGACAAUUCGCGUUGACAAAUUCAAAUGAAAAAAAAAACCAAACUUCAUCUUACAAUUGUUAUUAAAAGCAAGUCUGAGAACUCCAAUUGCGUUCUAUUUUUUAACCUUCGACUUCCUUCCCCUUAAUUCUGCCCUCACCACUAGCAGAGCCAUGGCAGUAAUUCUGGAUACAUUUAGUAUUAUUAUUGUUUUCGUCUACACGAAUGAGUGAUGAGUGAAGAGUGUACUAUAGACUUAUCCUCUAGCUGCUUGUAGAUCAACUGUAGGGGUAACGUUUUCUUGGAACUAUUAAUUUAAUAUUUUUUAAAAUGUUAUUUUCGAUUUCUCUUUAUUGAUUCUUAUUUUUUUGAUUGAUUGUCGAAUUCCGUCAUUUUGAUGAUCGGAUUUGUCAGUCAUUCAACGUUCAUCUUGAUGCUGUGUAUAAAACAAAACCAACCAACAAAGAACAUUUUGUACAUUUGUAUAAGUCUGACCUUCCAUUAUUUUUUUUUUAAUUGAUAUAAUACGAGAUUUGUUUACGUGUAUCACGAGGUUGUCGCUCGUGCCCUGUGUGUGACGACGUUCAAAAAACUAGUCAACGGUUCGGACGUGGUGUGUGAUAGACUGGCGAUGUUCACAGUAGCCGUGUGCACGGCUACCGGGGGUUCCCAAAUGACAUCCGUGGGGGGCCCCCGUGGCCAUGUGGAGUGAUCCUGCGUCCUAUUUAUUUAAUAAAAAAACAAAAAAACUCUGUGCACAGAAAUGGAUUUAUUUUUGUCAUUUUCUUUUUAAACUUAAAACUGUUUGUUGAUUUUGUUUUCGUGUUCUUAUGCCCUGAACGGCGGAGGUACUUUCAAUAAUUAAACAACCCCUACAAAGC